UAAAAUAAUUUCCAGGGUGAGUGGGUCUGAGUGUGUAGGGAGUAGUGGUUUUAAGCAUUUAUCUCCUGAAAAUCACAGCACAGCUCUCUCCCAAUCGCGAGAGUGAAGUGAGGAGAAGAGGAGAGGAGAGAAGAGAAGAAGAUCAUCAUCAUCCCAUCUAUCAUCACCUCACCCCACCCCACCCUACAUCUCUACACCUUUCUGUUACAAAUUAAACUCUUUCUCCUGUUUUGCUUCUUCUGCUCCCAAACUUUCACUCAAUCCCCACUGCGGAAACUCUCUUUUGGCUUUCCUUUCUUUUCGCUUCCCCAAUCUGUCAAAACUCUCUCUGUCUCUCUCUCUCUCUCUCUCUCUCACUUCUCCCCUAAAUCUUUUUACUUUCCGUCAUCUGCUCAUCAACAUGAUGGAUGACCUUGUAACAGUAGUGUAGCUGCAGUAUUUGUCAGAACAAAUUUAAAGCUGAAAAGAAUUAAUAAAUUUUGUGAAAAAUAAUUAAAUUUACAUGGCCAGCAAGAAUUGUAGUAGUAGUGUUAUAUAUGAGGCAAGCAGCGCUACUAUCAACCCCAAUUCUUGCUCAGCUUCUUCUUGUUCUGGUCUGGGUUCAUCAAUGGUGGGGAUGGUGUUUUCAGACUUGAGAACUCUGUCUAUAAACCCCAGCUUCGGCUUAUUUUCCUCACAGGAAAGGGAGAGCUCUUCUUCUUCUUUCUGCAAGAGCAAAGCUGAUUGGGGUUUUCCUUUCUCGGAGGAUCAGGAUCAGACGCGCAACAGUGAGGGAAAAGGCUCUGAUUCCAGUGAUGUGUUUGGAGAGAACAAUGAGAUGAUUGAUCUUAAUACAAGCUUGAAUGAAGAAGAUCAAGAAUGCGACAUGCAUGCGUUGAGCAGCGGUAAGGAUCCGAGUAAUGCAAGUGGGCAAUCUAAGCUUUGUGCCAGAGGUCAUUGGAGGCCUGCGGAAGACGCGAAGCUGAAAGAACUUGUUGCUCUUUAUGGCCCUCAGAACUGGAAUCUUAUUGCAGAAAAGCUGGAGGGAAGGUCAGGUAAAAGCUGUAGGUUAAGGUGGUUUAAUCAGCUGGAUCCAAGGAUCAACAGGAGGGCUUUCAGUGAGGAAGAAGAAGAGAGGCUAAUGGCUGCUCACAGGCUGUACGGUAACAAGUGGGCUAUGAUUGCAAGGCUGUUUCCUGGGAGAACAGACAAUGCAGUGAAGAACCAUUGGCACGUUAUAAUGGCAAGAAAGUACAGAGAGCAAUCCAGUGCUUAUAGGAGGAGGAAGAUGGGACAGUUUGUUUUUAAAAGAAUGGAAGAUGAUGACAUUCCCCUUGUUAAUGCCUCUACAUCCAUCCAAAAAGAACCACCGUUGCCAAGUUUUGGUGGUGGCGGUGUCAUCUAUAACUCCGGUGGUGGUAGUGGCGGGGUUUUCUGUGGAUCAGUUGGUUCAGCCCACGUAGCUAGUCUUGGUGGAGCAACUCUUCACAACAAUGGAUUUUGGCCACCACAAACAUCUCUUGGUUUCUUUCCAGGCCCGCCAAACACCAGUACGAGUACCAGUGAUGUGAUGAACAUUUUCAACCACAGCAAACCUUGGGAUAUUCAAGCCAAUUCUUACACCCAACCCCACCCCCAUCCCCAAUACCCAUCCCUGAUCACUGCCAUCCAACACUCAAAUUACCACUACGCUUCAGAUUUCACAGCAUCACCGCAGCAAAUUUCAUCCAUAGAACCAUCUGCAGCGGACCAGGAGAGAAUUACACCAACCUUCAUAGACUUUCUUGGGGUUGGAGCUUUGUGAAUCAGCUGAUGAUAUUAUAUGUGUUAAUGUCGGGGCAGCCAUUUUGUUAAGACCAAAACAAAAAAAAAAACAAAAAAAAGGAAAAGAAAAGAAGAAGAAAAAGGGACAGUUUGAAUUGAAAUUCUUUCAGUUGGGCAACAUGAAAAAUGCCAAAACCAAGUGUUUUUGAUGUCAUUUCCCUAACUUUCUUUUUCCUUGUAACUUCAUUAUCCUCAGAUGGAACUCAUGUUUGGAUGUAAGGUCAUGUCACUUGCUCUUUUCUCUCUCUUUUGCUUUAAUACUAACAAUAAUGGGAAUGGAGAAUGUUACAUGUUAUAAAACUGAAUUACAUGCAAAAAGUGGGUAAUUUGGACCACGUU